AUGAAUGUUUAUUUGUUAUACAUCCUCGGAGUUAUUGGAAGUUUGAUAACGACUAGAUUGUUAGCCUCAUCUGAACCAUCGCCUUAUAGUUCAAUGAAUUGUUUUCAGCAACAAUACGAUGGUUAUAAAGUCGCUUUGUGAGUUUUUUAAAAAAAUUUCUGAUAUCCAAUAUAAAUUCGUAUUUUUAUAAACAGAAAUAUUAAUUAUGUUUUAAUUGGUUGUCUUACAAUAUGUGUUCCUUUAAACUAUUGGAUCUGCUACAAAAAUCAACAAAACAUUGAAAAAAAUGCGGGAAAAGUAUUCAGCUUAACUACAAGAUUCAACAACAAUAAUAAUCUUUAUUCAUCCUUGACAAUCUCUAAAAUCGCUCUAUCUCAAGCCUUGAUCUUAUCAAUCUACGCAUUUAAUCUUGCAGUGAUUGUCAAGUAUGGACUUUUUGAAAUCGCAUUUCCUGGUGUUCACAAAGUUCUAUGGUUUUAUGUGAGUGACAAAGAUAUAAAGGAAAAAGACCAAGUAUUUCAGACAAUUCCCUACGCUGGUUUGGCACUUCCAAUAUCUAUAACCUUUUCUAUAAAUAAGAUACAGAAAUCACGAAUGGCUAGAAUUGAGCAACUUCAGCGAACGAGUUAUUCACAGUUGACUUAUUCCAAGUACUGGUGA